AAUGAAUGUGAAUAUAUGGUUUGGUUUUUUCUUCCUCAUCCAGGUCCUGCACCCUUCUUAAUUUUCAGCCAUGGAAAUGCUAUCUUUAGGAUUGACAUGGAGGGAACUAACUAUGAACAACUGGCAGUUAAUGUUGGGGAAUCAGUAUUGAUGGAUUUUCAUUACAGAAAGGAGAAAAUCUAUUGGGUAGACUUGGAAAGAGGACUCCUGCAAAAAGUAUUCUUGAAUGGCACAAAGAAAGAGAUUCUGUGCAAUGCAGAAAAAGGGGUUUCAGGAAUGGCAAUAAAUUGGAUGCAUGAAGAAAUCAUUUGGUCCAAUCAACUGAAAGGAACAAUUGAAGCCACAGACAUGAAAGGAAAUAAUUCUCAUGUCCUCUUAAAAGAAUUAAAUCAUCCUAAAAAUAUCAUUGUUGAUCCAGUAAAAAGGUUUAUAUUUUGGGUGGCAGACAAUAUAACUGGCACCAUAAACAGAGCAAAUCUAAAUGGGACUGAUAUGAAGAUUCUAUUGAAGAGGUCACAAACAAUUAAAAUGAUCUCACUGGAUGUCAUUGACCAGAAACUCUUUUGGAUCCAGUACAGUGGUGAAGAGAGUGAUCUUCAUGUUGGUUCAUGUAAUUAUGAUGGUGGCUCUGUCCAACUGCUAAGUCAUUUUACAAAGCACCAUUAUUUUGGAAUGUCUCUCUUUGUUGAAGACAUGUUCUAUUCAGAAUGGAAUACAAGUUCCAUUUGGAGAGCCAACAAAUACACAGGGGAGAAAAUGGUUAAAAUGAGCCUUAAGCCAUCAUUUUUACCACCAACUGAAAUCAAAGUAGUACACCAAUUUCUGCAGCCUACAGCAAGAAAUGAUACUCAGGUUUCUGAGCAAGCAUCAUGCAACUUCAAGAAAAACAGCUGCAGGAUCAGUGUGUGUGGGCAGGACCCCAAAUCCCAUGGAUGCAAAUGUGCAGAAGGUUACACAUUAAGCCAAGAUGGGAGGUAUUGUGAAGAUGUCAAUGAGUGUGCAUUUUGGAAUCAUGGAUGUACUCUUGGGUGUGAAAACGUCCCUGGAUCCUAUUACUGCACGUGUCCCAAAGGGUUCGUCCUGCUUUCUGAUGGGAAAAGAUGUCAUGAGCUAGUUUCCUGUGUAAGCAACAACACUGGCUGCAGCCAUGGAUGUGUCAUGACAUCAGAUGGUCCCACGUGUUUUUGUCCUGAAGGAUCAGUGCUUGAGAAAGAUGGAAAAACAUGCAUUGGUUGUUCAUCAUUAGAUAAUGGUGGAUGCAGCCAGAUUUGCACCCCUUUAAGCCCAGUGUCUUGGGAAUGUGGUUGCUUUCCUGGCUAUGAGCUACAGCAGGAUCAAAAGAGAUGCAAGGCUACAGCAGGACCGCAGCCCUUCUUGCUGUUCGCCAACAUGCAUGAUAUUCGACGCAUCCACUUUGAUGGGACGAGUUAUGAAAGCCUGCUCAGCCGGCAGAUGGGAGUGGUCUUAGCUUUAGAUCAUGAUCCGGUUGAAAAUAAGAUUUACUUUGCACACACAACACUGAAGUGGAUAGAGAGAGCUAAUAUGGAUGGCUCAAAGCGUGAAAGACUCAUUCAGGAAGCAAUAGACACACCGGAAAGUCUUGCUGUGGACUGGAUUGACCGUAAACUCUAUUGGACAGACCGAGGAAAAUCACUUAUUGCCAGGAGUAAUUUGAAUGGGAAACACAAUGAAGUAAUCAUUGAGGAGGAUGUGUCUCAGCCAAGAGGAAUCGCUGUUCAUCCAGUGGCCAAGAAAUUAUUCUGGACUGAUUUGGGGAUUAAUCCGAGAAUUGAAAGCUCUUCCCUUCAAGGCAAUGACCGGCUGAUAAUAGCUAAUACUGACCUGGUCUGGCCUAGUGGAAUAACGAUUGAUUAUGUAGCUGACAAGUUGUAUUGGUGUGAUGCCAAGCAAUCUGUUAUUGAAACAGCCAAUCUGGAUGGGUCGGGACGCAGAAGACUUUUCCAGAACGAUGUAGAUCACCCAUUUGGUGUGGCUGUGUUUGAGGAUCACGUCUGGUUCUCUGACUGGGCUAAGCCCUCACUAAUAAGGGUGGACAAGAGGACUGGUCAAAACAGGGUACGUCUUCGAGGCAGCAUGCUGAGACCCUCCUCCUUGAUUGUAGUUCAUCCUUUGGCAAAACCAGCCAAUGAGAUGAAUCUAAGCAGUGAUACAACACCACUUGGGAAUGUGACGGGCAGAAAAUUGGAAGAGAACAUCAGGAAGGAGCAACAGCCCCCAAAUGGGCUAGUAGCUGAAAUUGUGGUUGCAGAUGAGGAUGACUGUGCCCCUGUGGACUGUGGCGUGAAUGCUCAGUGCAUUUCAGAAGGAAAGGAUGCCUGGUGUCAGUGCUUGGAAGGAUUCUCCAGGAAUGGAACCCUCUGCUCUGAUAUUGAUGAAUGUGAAAUGGAUGAUGUGCUCUGUCAGCCAGAAUCAUCCCAGUGCAUCAACACUGAGGGCGGCUAUGUCUGCAAGUGUCUGGAAGGCUACAGCGGAGAUGGACUGGACUGUUCUGACAUUGAUGAGUGCGAAAUGGGAGUACACACGUGUGGAGAGAAUGCUAUCUGUAAAAAUACGGAGGGGGGCUACAUCUGCAUCUGCUCUGAUGGCACGGCUGGGCCAGGAUCUGUUUGUCCUGAAUCUGUUCCGCCCAGGGAUGAUGCUUUCUCUCUCAUCAGGAACAGGAAUUCCAAGUGCCCACCACCAUAUGAUUCAUACUGCCUUCAUGGAGGAACGUGCAUAUAUGUUUCAGAACUAGAAAACUAUGCAUGCAAAUGCAUGGUUGGCUAUGUUGGAGAGCGCUGUCAGCACAGUGACCUGGAAUGGUGGGAGAUGAGGCACACCGGAAAGACAAAGCAGCAGAAUGUCACCGUGGCCAUCUGCGUAGUUAUACUGGUUCUGCUUUUCAUCCUGGCUUUGGGAGUCACUUACUAUUACAGGACUCACAGACUCCAUGAGAAGAAUCCAGCUGAUGAGAUGACCAGGGAAACUACCAAUGCCAAUGCCAGUGCUGAUGGAGAGAGUGUGACCCUUCCCAAUCACCAGCCUUCGGUUUUCAUUGUAAAGGAGCAACCAGACUGCUCUGUUGGAAGUCAUCCAGUGUCCUUCAUAGACUGCCAGGCAACAAAUGGUGGCCAGCCUUCUCCUCCUGAAUCUGGCAUAGAGAACGUAAACAUCUGGCUCUAGCACACUCAAUCUGAAACCCCUGAAAAUAUGCAUCUGAGGAACCGGGGAUUAAUUAAAAGGAAAUCUGUUUCCUGAGUUCCAGAAGCCAGAGCCACUCAGAUACUGCUGCACUUUUAACAACUGCCAAUGCUACUCUCUUUUUAAUAAAAGCACAUCACUGCUGUUGCUCGAAUCUAAGCUGGCCCAUCAUAAAAUUACUACUUACUUUCCAAGAAGGGUUCUUGUUAAAUAACAAUACUGUGCUCUCUCUUCAUGGGCACAUUUCUCUGAGAAGCAGAAGUCAUAGUAUUUUCUUUCUUUUUUUUUAAACCCUUACCUUCCAUCUUAUAAUUUAUAUAAAUAUCAGUUCUGAGAUAGAAGAGCUAUAAGGACUAGGCAAAUGACUUGCCCAGAGUCACCCAGCUAGGAAAUACCGGAGGUCAGAUUUGAAUACAGGACUUUGUGUUUCUAGGACUGGCUCUCUAUUUACUGAGCCACCUAGCUGCCCCUUUACAAUGUCUUUUUUGGCUAUUACAAUACAUUAUAAUGUAUAUAUUUUAGCUAUUAUUAUCACUCUUUUGUAGAAGAGUCAGACCAAACCUGUUUCCCCUGAUCUUAUGUCUACCCUAUGGCAGAAGAGAAGUGAAUGUUCCUAAGAAUGAGUUGGAGAAAUAAGGAUUAGAUUAGGGUUCUUUUUAUAUCUUUUUAUCACAAAGCAGCAAAUUUGACCAGUCAUGGAUUCUAACCCCAUUUGGGCUAUUUAAGGUACCCUGUCUGAUGGUGAUGAAUUAGCUCAAAAAUAUCUGUAUUUCGCCAUUAUAAGGGGAAAGAGGCGGAGCUGAAUGACCAAAUGUAAUAUCUAUCACAGUUAAAUAACAGAAGACAGUCUCUACUGAUGGAGACUUAGAGGCUGACUGAAAAAAUGUAAUGUGUAAAGUUAUUGGACCAUGCUUAUGUUUUAUUGGAGUAGGGAAGGUCAGUAUUCUCAGUGCGGUGUGCAUGUGCUAAGGAUUCCCAAGAUCUUUUCAAGGAGUUUGUAAGGUCAAAACUAUUUUUAUAAUAAUACAAAGAUGUUAUUUACCUAUUAACACCUCCCUUUAGCAACUUCAUAUCUAUGUGAACUAAGAUUUUCUUAAUAUACUUCAACCAAAAUAGCAUAUCACAAAAGAUUCAAUACAGAAGCACAUAUGCAAAUUCAGCUGUCUUCUUUGAAACCAGAUAUUAAAGAGAUUUGCAAAAAUAUGUAAAACAAUUCCACCCUUCUAUUUUUUGUUUGUUUUGGGAAAUAGCUAUUUUUCACAAAAAUUUCAUUUUUAACAUGUAAUAGGUUUAUUUUGUUAUUUAAAAUGAAUUCAUAAAUAGUUUUUAAAUGAUCAUUUUAAAUUUCCAACAUAAUAAAUAUUUAAAGCCAUAACAUACAACAAAGAAAAGUUCUUUGGAGUCCUCAAUAAUUUUUAAAAGUGUGGAGGGGUCCUGAGGUCAAAAAGUUUGACAACCACUAUUAUAUAAAAUUUCCUCUAUCAAAACACAUCUGUAGCAGGUAUCAGACAUAGGGCUACAGUCCAAGACUUAUUUGUCAAUUUACAUGUGUUGAAAUUAGUUAUUUAAAUGUAAAUCUUUCCUAAGCAAUUUGAGUUGUUUGUAUGAAUGUUAAAUGUUUCUUAUGCAACUUUAACUAAAGAAAAAGGACUUGAAGACUGGUUUCCCCCGUCUUUCUUGUCCCUACCCUGUGGCAGAAGAGAAAUGAAUUUUCUGGAUAGUGACUUGGAAAAAUAAAGAUUAGAUUAGGGCCUUUUUUAUAUUUUUCUAUCACAAAGUAGCUAUUUUGACCAAUCUAAUUUGACCAGUCAUGGAUUCUAACCCCAAAUGGAUCAUUAAGAUACUCUAAUGGUGCUAGAGUAUCUAUGUCACAAAUAUUUCAUUGAUAUAAGGACUUCCUUGAUGAGAAAACUCUCUUCCAAUGCAAACUGGCAUCUUCUCUACAACUGACACCAUUAUAGACUUACCUAGAGCAUAAGUGUCAAACUUACUGAUUAAAAUGUAAUUGGGAGAGGACACCUACAUGGGUCACUGGAUUGAUUUAGAAUAUUUUUCAUAUAAUUAUUGAUAGCUUUGAUUUCUUUAUCUGAAAAUUGCCUAUUCAUAUCAUUUGACCAUUUCUGAAUUGGAGAAUGGCUUGAAUUCUUAUAAAUUUGACUUAGUUCUUUACAUAUUUGAGAAAUGAGACUUUUAUUGGAGAAAUUUAUUACAAAAAUUUCCCCCCAGUUUGUUGUUUACCUUUUAAACUUGGUUGCAUUGCUUUUGUUUGUACAAAACCUAUUUAAUUCUAUAUAAUCAAAAUUAUUUGGUUUGCAUCUUAUGUUUUCCAUCUUUCAUUUGGUCGUAAAUUCUUCCCUUCUUCAUAGGUCUGACAGGUAACCUAUUUGUGUUCCCCUAAUUUACUUGUAAUAUUACUAUUUAUGUUUAAAUUAUAUACCCAUUUUGACCUUAUCUCAGUAUGGGGUGUAAAACUGAUUUUUGCCAUAUUGCUUUCCAAAUUUCCCAGCAGUUUUUGUCAAAAAGUGUGUUCUUAACCCAAAAGCUGGGAUCUUUAGGCUUAUGAAACACAAGAUUGCUGAGGUCAUUUAUCCCUAAACUAAAUUGAUCUGCCCUUCUAUUUCUUAACUGGUACCAGAUUGUUUUGAUGAUUACUGCUUUAUAAUACAGUUUAAGAUCUGAUACUGCUAGGUCAUCACCCUUCAAAUUUUUUUUCAUUAGUUCCCUUGAUAGUCUUGACCUUUUGUUAUUCCAGAUGAAUUUUGUUAUUUUUUCUAGUUCUAUAAAAUAGUUUUUUGGUAGUUUGAUUGAUAUGGCACUGAAUAAGUAAAUUGAUUUAAGUAGAAUUGUCAUUUUUAUUAUAUUAGCUCUGCCUAUCCUAGAACAAUCAAUGUUUUUCCAAUUGUUUAGAUCUAACUUUAUUUGCAUGAAGUAUUUUGUAAUUGUGUUCAUAUAAUUCCUGCAUUGCUCUUGGUAAAUAGAUUUCCAAGGGUUUUAUAUUGUCUGGAGUGAUUUUAAAUGGAGUUUCUCUUUCUGACUCUUGAUGCUAAGCUUUGUCGUAAACAUAUAGAAAUGAUGUUGAUUUCUGUGGAUUAAUUUUGUAUCCUGCUACUUUGCUAGUUAUUAUUUCAAUGGUUUUCAGUUGAUUUUCUAGAGUUGUCCAAGUAUACCAUUGUAUCAUCUGCAAAGUGAUGAUAGUUUGGUUUCCUCAUUGCCUACUUUAGUUCCUUCAACUUCUUCUUCUCUAAUUGCUAAAAUGAGUAUUUCUAGUACAAUUGGCUCAGUGAAUAAUUGAGAGCCAGAUGCUAGAGAUGGAAUGUCCUGGGUUCAAAUCUGGCCUCAGACACUUCCCAGCUGUGUGACCCUUGACAAGUCAUUUAACCCACAUUGCCUAGCCCUUACCACUCUUCUGCCUUGGAACCAAUACAUAGUAUUGCUUCUAAGAUGGAAGGUAAGGGUUUAAAAAAAAUGUAAUCAGGAAAUAUUUAACAAAAUACAAUAUGACAAAGAUAAUGUUAAUUUUGUGAUUUUCUAAACCAAUCUGUGGGGCUCAGGGAUCCAUUUCUUUUUGAGUUUGAUACCACUGUCAGAGCAUUGAGAGGCUAAGUGAUAUAGCCAGAUCACACGGCCAGUAUGUAUCAGAAAUGGUUCUUGAAUCUAAGUCUUUGAUGUCAGGGGCUAACUCUCAAUUCAGUAGACCAUGAUGAUCCUCAAAAUUGAAAAAAAAAAAAAACAAAACAAAACCAAGCAUCUAUUGUGUGUAUACUAACAUCCUGCUACUCCCUGGGAGAUACAAAAGAUAUAAGAAGAGAUGGUUGCUCCCAAGGAACUUAUUAGCUACAUGUUAAGAUUGGACAUAAACUGGUAAAUAGAAAUACAGAGAAGCCUAUUUUAAUUCUCAAUUGAGUAGUCUAGAUGCAGUCUCUUCUAGGAAUUCAGAGGAGGAAGGAGUUCUUGGAAGCUGAGCAAGAAACACCUCAAGAAGGAAGUAGGAACUAUAGUGGAUUUUGAAAGAAAAGUAGGACUUAAGAUAAAUAGAUAGCAAUGGGGAAAGCAUUCUAGGUAAGGAGCAAGGGAUGAUGAACAAGAGAAUAAACAUGGUUAUUGUCCAGUCAUUUCAGUCCUGUCAUUUGUGACUCCAAUUGGAGUUUUCUUAGAAAAGAUACAUUUCCUUCUCUAGCUCAUUUUACAGAUAAGGAAACUGAGGCAGAGGAGAUUAAAUGACUUGCCCAGGUCACACAGCUAGUAAGUAUCUGAGGCCAAAUUUGAAUUUAGAUAUUCCUGACUCCUGCUCUGUGUCACCUACCUGCCCACCUGAACAUGGUAUGUUUGUUUAAAAUGCUGUCACUUUUUUCAUCUUUUACUUAAGAAAAUAUAGAAUAAGAGAUCGUUAGUAUUAUCACAUAGUACAUUAGGAAAAGCACUGAAGUCAGAGGACCUGGGUUCACAUCCUAUUUCUGUUGCUUAUUAACUGCGUGACCUUGAGAAAAUAAUUUCCCUUCCCUGGACCUCAGUUUCCUCAUCUGUAACAUGAAAUGGUGGGAAUAGAUGAUCUCUGAGUUUCCUUCCUUCGAGUUCAAUACCUACAAGUAUAGAAUAAUGGGAGGUACUAUACUAAGGAAGAGAGUUGAAAGGCAGAGUACUUAAAUGACUUGCCCAAGUUUACAAUUAGGAUCCUUAGAUUUAGGGAGUCUAAUUCCUAAUCCCUUCUACAAUGAGUAAGUAAAUGUACAAUGCUUUUAGAAGGUGACUCAGGAGUGGAGAAACUGGGAAAUGAAGAAGCCUUGGAGAAACUAGCCACAAAAAACUAGUACAUCACUCCUUCAUUCUCUUUGUAAUCAAACCAGGUUUGGUCCAGUCCUUCUACAAACUAAUGAUAAUGGUAGCUACUUCUUGCUAAGUUUUAUUUGAAUCCAUGUUUUGGGUUGUUAGUUGUCUGAAAGACACAUAUUACUCAGACUUUCAACAUCAUUUUCUGAUAGCUUUCUGGAGAGUAAAUAGUCACCUCUUGUUAUGGGAUCUUACGAUGCACAGAUAUCUGACUGAGCUGUACUAGUCCUUUUAUGAAAUAUUUACCAUGCAAUGUCAUCCUUGGAAAAAUUUGCCUUGUAAACCUUCGUUUAUUUUGCACAGGGAAUUCAUGGAUGCUGUUCAGAAUGGUUUCUGAACCCAUUCUCCCCAUCUUGUCCCAUUUCCCUAGGAAGGGAUUAUUAAAAACAAACAGACAAACAAAAAACUUACCUCCAUCUUAGAAUCAAUACUAUGUAUUGGUUCCAAGGCAGAAAAGUGGUAAGGGCUAGGCAAAGGGGGUUAAGUGACUUGCCCAGGGUCACACAGCCAGGAAGUGUCUGAGGUCAGAUUCAAAUCCAGGACUUCCUAUCUCUGGACAUGACUCUCAGUCCACUGAGCCACCUAGCUGCCCCUGAGGCAAGGGUUCUUAACUUGGGUCCAUGAAUUUGUUUUAAAAUAUAUUCAUACUUGUAUUUCAAAAGGUUUGGUCUCCUUUAUAAUCCUAAGGAUUGUACUUUAUGUAUUUAAAAACAUUUUGAAAAGGGGUCCAUAGAUUCACCAGAUUGCCAAAUGAGUCUAGCAAGCUUAAUGUUGUGAAGUGGCUUAGUUAUUAUAGUAACUUUUGAGAGAAGCUAGGGAUGCUUAACUUAUUUUUAUUUAUUUAGAAUAUUUUUCCAUGGUUACAAGAUUCAUGUUCUUUCUCUCCCCUCUUCCCUCCCCCAGCUUAACUUAUUUUUGAUAUGGUCCAUUGCUAGUAUUUCUGUAUGGUAGAUUUGGGAGCAUAUGGUGAAGAAUAUGUUUCUUAGAAUCUAAGAUGGGCUAUCUCUUCAGAUAAGGUUUGUAUUGCUUGUAAUUAUAAUUUUAAAAAAUUUUAUUAACAGGGGCCUAACAAAAAAGAUUAGAAAUUCCUUUAAUAAAGCCUUUCUUCAGUGGAGGUAUUGGAUUUUCCAAAUAAUGAUGUUUCUUAUUAUGCCUUUU